AUGUCGGGAGUUCAUCAUUGCCAGUUGCCGACAGCUGGCGGCCGGCUAUUUCGCGCUUGGAAUUUUACUGAUUCCCUGAUCAUAUCUCAUCUCAUCACAUCUCAUCUCCUCAUAUCUCAUCUCCUUAUAUCUCAUCUCCUCUACAGUUUUCGCUCAUCUUACUUUUACUAUUUCAAUGGCAGACCCUGCUCUUCCGUUGUUGGCGACCAACCUAUUACUGGCACCAGUAUACAAGAUUUCAUCGAUGACUCCAAUGUUACCACCGCACGCCCUCCCUCCACCGCCAUUGACGAACCUUCUCAAUUGACUGCUACUGAGCGUCAUGGACUACGAAAUCAUCUGCGCAAAUGGAUACAGAUAGUCGACAAUAAGAAGGCCUUGGUCAGCCAACUUGUGAUCACCUCAGAUCAUCGUCGGCGCUUUUUCGAUGCAAUAUUUGCCUCUUGGACAAGUCGGAAAAACUUCAAAGAAUUAGUAAGAUCUCUCGUCAAGAAGAGGAUAGAGGGCGGCCGCAUCCAAGUUAGUGUCUGGAGCCAAGACCUCCCCUUGUCCGGAAAACGAAAGAGAGAUGACGAAGAACAGCCAGUUGUGGAAGCUUGA